AUGGCUCAAGCAGCUAAGCAGCUGAAGAAAAUCAAAGAUAUUGAGGCUCAGGCUCUGCAGGAGCAGAAGGAAAAGGAAGAAUCCAAUCGCAAGCGCAGGAACCGCUCUCGGGACCGGAAGAAAAAGGCCGAUGCUGCGACCAGUUUCCUGAGAGCUGCAAGAUCUGGGAAUCUGGACAAAGCCUUGGAUCACCUCAGGAAUGGGGUAGAUAUUAACACCUGUAACCAGAACGGGCUGAAUGCCUUGCACCUGGCCUCCAAGGAGGGCCAUGUGAAAAUGGUGGUGGAACUGCUGCACAAGGAGAUCGUUUUGGAGACAACGACCAAGAAGGGAAACACAGCACUGCACAUUGCUGCCCUGGCUGGGCAACAGGAUGUGGUCCGGGAACUGGUGAACUAUGGGGCCAAUGUCAACGCACAGUCGCAGAAAGGCUUCACACCCCUCUACAUGGCAGCGCAGGAAAACCACCUGGAAGUUGUCAAGUUCCUGCUGGAAAAUGGAGCCAACCAGAAUGUAGCCACAGAGGAUGGUUUCACGCCACUAGCUGUGGCUCUGCAGCAGGGACAUGAGAAUGUGGUUGCUCACCUUAUCAACUAUGGGACAAAGGGUAAGGUCCGCCUGCCCGCCUUGCACAUUGCAGCCCGCAACGAUGACACCCGCACAGCUGCCGUGCUGCUGCAGAAUGACCCCAAUGCUGACGUCCUCUCCAAGACUGGAUUUACCCCCUUGCACAUUGCAGCCCACUACGAGAAUCUCAGUGUGGCCCAAUUACUGCUGAACCGUGGAGCCAGUGUCAACUUCACACCCCAGAAUGGGAUCACUCCCCUGCACAUAGCCUCCCGUCGAGGCAACAUCAUCAUGGUACGGCUGCUGCUGGAUCGCGGGGCCCAGAUAGAGACAAGGACCAAGGACGAGCUGACCCCUCUCCACUGUGCAGCUCGCAAUGGACAUGUGCGAAUUGCAGAGAUCCUGCUGGAUCAUGGGGCUCCCAUUCAAGCCAAAACCAAGAAUGGCCUGUCGCCGAUCCACAUGGCAGCGCAGGGUGACCACCUGGACUGCGUGCGCCUGCUCCUGCAGUACAGCGCUGAGAUCGACGACAUCACGCUGGACCACCUAACGCCGCUGCAUGUGGCCGCACACUGCGGCCACCACCGUGUGGCCAAGCUGUUGGUGGAGAAGGGGGCCAAGCCCAACUCCAGAGCCCUGAAUGGCUUCACACCCCUCCACAUCGCCUGCAAGAAGAACCACAUCCGGGUGAUGGAGCUGCUGCUGAAGACAGGAGCCUCCAUCGACGCUGUCACAGAGUCCGGCCUGACCCCUUUGCAUGUGGCUGCCUUCAUGGGGCACCUGCCGAUUGUUAAAACCCUGCUGCAGCGUGGAGCAUCUCCUAAUGUGUCCAAUGUGAAAGUGGAGACGCCCCUGCACAUGGCAGCCAGAGCUGGGCACACGGAUGUGGCCAAGUACCUGCUGCAGAACAAAGCCAAAGCCAACGCCAAGGCCAAGGAUGACCAGACUCCUCUGCACUGCGCUGCACGCAUUGGCCACACCGGCAUGGUCAAACUCCUUCUGGAGAACAAUGCAAACCCCAACCUGGCGACAACAGCAGGGCACACGCCCCUGCACAUCACGGCCAGAGAGGGGCAUGUGGACACAGCCCUGGCCCUGCUGGAGAAGGGAGCCUCCCAGACCUGCAUGACCAAGAAAGGAUUUACCCCUCUCCACGUUGCAGCCAAGUAUGGGAAGGUGGAUGUGGCAGAGCUGCUGCUGGCACGUGAUGCUCACCCUAAUGCAGCAGGAAAGAAUGGCCUGACCCCACUGCAUGUGGCUGUGCACCACAACAACCUGGAGAUCGUCAAGCUGCUGCUUCCCAAGGGGAGCUCCCCACACAGCUCAGCCUGGAAUGGGUACACCCCCCUGCACAUCGCUGCCAAGCAGAACCAGAUGGAGGUGGCCAGCAGCUUGCUGCAGUACGGGGCUUCUGCAAACGCGGAGUCUGUGCAGGGAGUCACCCCCCUACACCUGGCUUCUCAGGAGGGGCAUGCGGACAUGGUGGCACUGCUUUUCUCCAAACAAGCCAACGGCGAUUUAGGCAACAAGAGUGGCCUGACUCCUCUCCAUCUCGUGGCCCAAGAGGGACAUGUGCCAGUUGCUGAUGUUCUGGUGAAACACAGAGUUACAGUGGAUGCGACAACCAGGAUGGGCUAUACCCCGCUGCAUGUGGCCAGCCACUAUGGGAACAUCAAACUGGUGAAGUUUCUGCUACAGCACCAGGCUGAUGUCAAUGCCAAGACUAAGCUGGGCUACACUCCCCUGCACCAGGCAGCACAGCAGGGCCACACGGAUGUCGUGACGCUGCUGCUGAAGCAUGGUGCCUCUCCCAACGAAAUCAGCAUGAAUGGCACCACUCCCCUGGCCAUUGCAAAGCGGCUCGGCUACAUUUCUGUCACAGAUGUGCUCAAGAUUGUCACAGAGGAAACUGACAUCCUGCCAGUCAGUGACAAGUACCGCAUGAGCUUCCCAGAGACUGUGGAUGAGAUUCUGGAUGUGUCGGAGGAUGAAGGCACUGCUCAUGUCACAGUAAUGGAGGAGGAGCUGAUCGCACCGAAGCCCAGGACACCUGAACCCAGGGACCAGGAGAGCAAGAGGGAGAUGCUGGAGCUUGUGACCAGGAUGACACUGGAGCAAAUGGAGGAGUCUCCAGCUGUCCCACAGGUCCCCUGUAUUCCACCUGAGACUGUGGUGACCAGAGCAGAGGAGCCUGAGCAGUUAGGACCUGAGUUCGAUGAGGACUCUCUGAUCCCCAGCAGCCCAGCCACUGAGACUUCAGACAACAUCAGCCCAGUGGCCAGCCCCGUGCACACAGGGUUCCUGGUGAGCUUCAUGGUGGACGCCCGCGGCGGCUCCAUGCGGGGCAGCCGGCACCACGGGCUGCGUGUGGUCAUCCCACCCCGCGCCUGCGCCGCACCGACCCGCAUCACCUGCCGCCUGGUGAAGCCCCAGAAGCUGCCCGCACCCCCAAAUCUGGCUGAGGAGGAGGGCUUGGCCAGCCGGAUCAUCGCUCUGGGGCCUGCCGGUGCCCAAUUCCUCAGCCCUGUCAUCGUGGAGAUCCCCCACUUUGCCUCUUAUGGGCGUGGAGACCGUGAGUUGGUGGUGUUGCGCAAUGAGAAUGGCUCGGUCUGGAAGGAGCACCGCAACCUCUAUGAGGAGAGCUACAUGGACCAGCUACUCAAUGGCAUGGAUGAGGAGCUGGAGAGUGUGGAGGAGCUGGAGAAGAAGAGGGUCUGCCGCAUCAUCACUACCGACUUCCCUCUCUACUUUGUGGUCAUGUCCCGGAUUUGCCAGGUCUGUGACAUGAUCGGCCCUGAGGGAGGGUGCUUGAGAAGCACACUGGUGCCCAUGGUACAGGCCACCUUCCCAGACACCGCUGUCACCAAGGAAGUGAGAUUGGCCCUGCAGGCACAGCCUGUGCCCGAUGAGCUGGUGACCAAGCUGCUGGGGAACCAGGCGACCUUCAGCCCCAUUGUCACGGUGGAGCCACGCCGGCGGAAGUUCCACCGCCCCAUCGGCCUCCGUAUCCCUCUGCCCCCGUCCUGGAAGGACAGUCCCCGAGACAGUGGCGAGGGUGACACCACCAGCCUGCGCCUGCUCUGCAGUGUGAUUGGAGGGACAGCCCAAGCUCAGUGGGAAGACAUCACGGGCACCACAAAGUUGGUCUAUGAAAAGGAAUGUGCUAAUUUUACCACCAAUGUGUCUGCCAGGUUCUGGCUGGCCGACUGCCCACGCACAGCUGAGGCCGUGCACUUCGCCACCAUGCUGUACAAGGAGCUGACAGCUGUGCCCUACAUGGCCAAAUUUGUGGUGUUUGCCAAGAUGAACGAUGCACGGGAAGGCAGGCUGCGCUGCUACUGCAUGACUGAUGACAAGGUGGACAAGACUUUAGAGCAGCAUGAAAACUUCACCGAGGUGGCCCGCAGCAGGGACAUUGAGGUGGUGGAGGGGAUGCCUUUGCAUGUUGAGCUCUCAGGAAACCUGGUUCCUGUUAAGAAGACCACGCAGCCACGCACCUUCCUCUUCCAGUCCUUCCGGGAGAACCGCCUUGUCAUCUCCAUCAAGGUCCGGGACAGCAGUCGGGAAGCCAGCGGCUCCCUGUCUUUCCUGCGCAAGGCCAUGAAGUACGAGGACCUGCAGCACGUGCUCUGCCACCUCAACAUCAGCAUACCACCCUGCACCAAGGGAAGCAGCAGUGAGGAGCGGAGGAAGACACUGACACCAUUGUCUCUGCGGGAGCGAUACAGCAUCCUAAGCGAGAGCAGUUUCGGCUCUCUGAGCAGCACCGACCGUGCAGACCAGAAGAUGGUCGACAUAGCAGAGCAGCUGGGCCUCAGCUGGGCAGAGCUGGCACGUGAGCUGCAGUUUGGGGUGGAUGACAUCAACAGGAUACGUGUGGAGAACCCCAACUCCCUGCUGGAGCAGAGCAUAGCCCUGCUCAACCUCUGGGUCAGCCGCGAGGGCAAGAGUGUCAAGAUGGAGAGCCUGUACUCAGCGCUGAGAAAUAUCGACCGCAGUGAGAUUGUCAGCACACUGGAGGGCUCUGGCCGGCAGAGCCGGAGCCUGAAGGGCAGUUGGCGCUACGCGGACAGGGACUACUCCCUCUCGCCCUCCCAGAUGAAUGGUUACGCUUCUCUGCAGGAUGAGCUGCUGUCCCCUGCCUCCCUGCAUUACACGCUGCCAUCCCCGCUGCGUGCCGACCAGUACUGGAAUGAGGUGGCCAUCAUGGAUGCCAUCCCCAUGGCUGCCACUGAGCAGGAUGCCUUGAUGGAGAUGUCCGACAUGCAGGUGUGGUCCUCGGGGCUCACCCCCUCGCUGGUGACGGCUGAGGACUCCUCUCUGGAGUGCAGCAAGGCUGAGGACUCGGACGCCACGAGCGAAGGCCGUUUCCUGGGGCAGCUUCUGACAGACACACAUGGCCCGGACCACAUGGGCUCUAUGGACCUAGUUGAGGAUGACACAGUGGAUUCAGAUGCCAUGAAUGGUCUGAUUGAACUGCUAGACCAGGAGGAGGGGCAGAGGCCAGAGGAGAAGAUGCCAGCCGGGGACUGCCAGCUGGGGACUGGAGAGCAGGACCCAGAAAGUGAAGUUUCUUUUGUUUCAGUUCAGCAGAAGGUACAAGCCAGGAUCACGGCAUCACCGACCAUUAGCCACAUUGUGGAGAAGAGUGCAGACAGGCUGAGGGACUGGAAUGCAGAAGGCUCCUUUAUCUCCUGCCUACAGGACCUGACAGCGGGCUCCUGGCAGGAGGGGGUCACCCGAAGGCUGUGCCCGACGUACACCGUGGCUGCCGGGGCACAGGGCCAGGAGCAAGAGCAGGUCCUGGCACCAGCCCUGGAGCUGAUGCGGGUCAGCUCCGCAGAGGACAGCGACUGGCAGCCCCAGCACCCCACGGGCAGCUGGCUGGAGGAGGCAGACAGCCACUUCUUUGGGCAGCCCUGCGGAAGCAGGAUGUGGGGCUUCCUGGCCCAGUUGCUGAUUGUCGUGGUGCUGCUGGCCUUCUUCCUGGUCAGCUGCCAGAAUGUCAUGCACAUCGUCAGGGGCUCUGUCUGCUUCCUGCUCAAACACGCCCACCGUGAGCUGGACAAGGAGCUCGGGGAGAGCCAGGGUCUGGUGGAUGAUGAGGAGUCUCUCUCCACCAGGGUCGUCCGCCGGCGUGUCCUUGUGAAGGGCAAUGAAGUUCUUCACCUCCCUGGGGAGCAGGUGACAGAGGAGCAGUUCACAGACGAACAAGGCAAUAUCGUCACCAAGAAGAUCAUUCGGAAGGUGGUGCGUCAGCUGGGCCCCAGUGACACGGAUGACAGGCAGGAGCAUGAGGAGCUGAUUCUGGAGGGCUCCCUGCAGGAGCCCCAAGACCUAGAGGUCUCCGGGGGCAGGAUGGGGGCUCAGAUAGUGAAACGAGCCAGCCUGAAAAGGGGAAAGCAGUGA